CUGUACAUUCACACACACACGCAUAGUCUAAUGUGUGUGUAUAAUAUAUUCAUAACAUAGAUGCUUGGCUUUUGGGGAAUAAUUAAAUAAUCUAACAUCACCAAUUCCAUACCUUAAAAACCUCCAAGCCUCCAUCUCCAGGGCAGAAACAAAACAUCAACAUAGCUAAUUAAGAGAAGAACAUGGAGAAAGUGUGCUGCAUGUGCGGCGACGUCGGAUUUUCCGACAAACUAUUCCGCUGCGGGCACUGCCGCAACCGCUUUCAACACUCCUAUUGUAGUAAUUACUACAGUGAGUUUGCGGAGCCGACCGAGAUUUGCGACUGGUGCCAGAGCGACGACAAAAAGCUGAGCAGCGUUGCUAAACACGGCGGAUCUUCUUUUUCUUCUUCAAAGAAGAAGAAGGCUUCUUCCUCCGUAAAUUACGAGAGCGGGGUCACAAACCAAUCGGAGUAUCCUUCCGGUGGCGGGAUCAAGCAUGACAAUAACCAUCACGAUCAAGUGGCCAAGAGCGUUGUUGCCGGACCUGCAGGAGGCGGCGUGCCGUCGCCGAGGACGGCCACGCGAAGGUACAAGCUUCUCAAGGAUGUCAGGUGUUAGAUCAAUUUCUGAAAGAGAGCUUAAUAAUAUAAUAUGCUAAAAUAAUAAUAAAAAUGCGCCUUUGAGAUAUGAUUGAGUGGUUUACAAAAUAUUACGAUUAUCUAUGUAUAAUUAAUUAGAUAUAGUGAAUGUAUAUCUUGUUGAGAAGCUUUUCGUACUAAUGUUGAAAAAAUAAUGAAUUUAUGUUUGUCGUGAGCUUCCA